GAGACCGGUUGUGCUCGGGGCCAUAGGGCGGUGGUGCCGCAACAAUGGAAAACAGCCGAAGCAGCAGCCAGGGAAACCACGCUGGACACCGGGAAGAUACAGCCAGAGGUCCCCUGAGAAUCAUCAUCAAGUCUCUGAAGGGUCACCUGCAAUGAAGAUCUGGUGUACAUACAUGCUCUGUGCCUGAUAGCGGCAGGACAAGAUGAAAUUGACCAAGCGUAGAAUCAGGGACUCGGAUGGGACAACAGGAAGGACUUGGCUUUGAGAAGCACUAGGUUUAAAUUCCAGAUUAGCAGACUUUCAGCUGAUGAGGAGCUAGGAGGCUCAAACUCCAUCUUGUCUGGAUCGGGGACAAGACUCGAAGUGCACAUUCUUUCUUGUCAGGACCUGGUCUCUCCAGGGCAGGAUGGCCCAGGAGCUCAGCGAGAAGGAGCUCUUAAAGAUGGAGGUGGAGCAGCUGAAGAAGGAAGUGAAGAACCCAAGAGCUCCGAUUUCUAAGACAGGAAAGGAAAUCAAGGAUUACGUGGAGGCCGAAGCAGGAAAUGACCCUCUUCUCAAAGGCAUCCCUGAGGACAAGAAUCCCUUCAAGGAAAAAGGCGGUUGUAUGACAAGCUGAUGGCACUGGAGCCCCUCACCCUGAAUGCCUGCCCCUCCUCAGCUCCCUCCUUAUCCAGAACCAAGUAUCCUGGGACGCCCAGGGAACCAGUGGAUGUUCACCUUCUCUUAGUCACAGAAUGAGUGAAGAUGGCUGGCUGCAUGCAUCAUGAAUCCAUUCCCCAGUCCUGCUUUGAACUCUUCUCUCCCAUUACCACCUGCUAGGUCACUGCUGACCCCACUUGGAAACACUCCCAGGAAAGCUUCCCCGGCUUAGCAGUUGACACCUAAACUCGUGGGGUCUGAAAAGACUGCAGUUCCCUGAGACCUGGGACAGUCCUUGGGAAACAGUUACUCCUCCCAAUUCCCCCCUCCACUGUCUGCCUAGGAACCAGAAUUCCCAUUCAGAGCUUUUGGGUUGAGGACUGGAGUUGGGGUGUCCUUUUCCCCCACCUCAUGUCCGGUCCUGUGGAACUCCUCCUAGUCAUUUGGAUCACCCCAGAUGGCCUGGUGACAAAA